GGUGAUCAUUACCUGUCACGGUUUUAAUUCCUCAUCGGUGACUACAAGCAGAGAGAGAGAAAACACAGUUGCUCAGAACACUGGUUGUGCAAGGUUGCCAAGGAUUGUUGUACCUUUUCCUGAGCCGUCACAUUUGGUCAGGUAUUAUCUGUAUCCAGGAUGGCUCACGCUGCAUCCCACAUCAAGAAAAAUCGGGAAUUGGAAGCUGCAACCGAGGAUGAAAAAGUCGUCAAAAAACACCGGAAACGUUCCCGGGAUCGAAAGAGAAAGACUGACACCAAUGCAAGCUACUUAAGAGCUGCUCGAGCUGGCAACUUGGAAAAGGCCCUUGACUAUAUCAAAGCUGGAGUCGACAUAAACAUCUGCAACCAGAAUGGGUUGAAUGCCCUCCACCUGGCUUCGAAGGAAGGCCAUAUAGGGGUUGUUUCUGAACUGAUCCAGCUAGGUGCUAAUGUGGACGCAGCAACCAAGAAAGGAAAUACCGCCUUGCAUAUUGCAUCGUUAGCUGGUCAAGCAGAAGUUGUACAUGUCCUAGUAACAAAUGGAGCAAAUAUUAAUGCCCAGUCACAGAAUGGCUUUACUCCUUUAUACAUGGCUGCACAGGAGAAUCAUCUAGAAGUUGUAAAGUUUCUCCUGGACAAUGGUGCAAGUCAGAGCAUCGCAACUGAGGAUGGCUUUACGCCACUGGCAGUCGCGCUGCAGCAAGGCCAUGACCAGGUGGUCUCCCUGCUGCUCGAGAACGACACAAAGGGGAAGGUCCGCCUGCCAGCCCUGCACAUUGCUGCUCGCAAGGAUGAUACCAAAGCUGCUGCUCUUCUCCUACAAAACGACCACAACGCUGAUGUGGAGUCCAAGAGUGGUUUUACCCCUCUCCAUAUAGCUGCUCACUACGGGAAUAUAAAUGUAGCAACACUGCUACUGAAUCGAGGUGCUGCUGUAGAUUUCACAGCCAGGAAUGAUAUCACUCCACUGCACGUAGCCUCAAAGAGAGGCAAUGCCAAUAUGGUUAAGUUGCUACUGGACCGAGGAUCCCAAAUUGAAGCCAAGACCAGGGAUGGUCUCACCCCUCUCCACUGUGCAGCGAGGAGCGGGCACGAACAGGUGGUGGAAAUGUUACUCGAUCGAGGAGCCCCAAUUCUUUCCAAAACAAAAAAUGGUUUGUCCCCUCUGCACAUGGCAACGCAAGGCGAUCACCUGAAUUCUGUGAAGCUGCUCCUCCACCAUGAUGUGCCAGUCGAUGAUGUGACCAACGACUAUCUGACAGCACUGCAUGUUGCUGCUCACUGCGGCCAUUACAAGGUGGCCAAGGUCCUCCUAGAGAAGAAAGCCAACCCAAAUGCCAAAGCAUUGAAUGGUUUCACCCCACUUCAUAUCGCAUGCAAGAAAAACAGGAUUAAAGUAAUGGAUCUGUUGUUGAAGUAUGGUGCAUCGAUUCAGGCAGUUACUGAGUCGGGCCUAACACCUAUUCAUGUUGCUGCAUUCAUGGGACAUGCAAAUAUUGUGACACAAUUAAUGCAACGCGGAGCAUCACCAAAUACAACAAACGUGAGAGGGGAAACAGCACUACAUAUGGCUGCCAGGGCAGGGCAAGCAGAUGUGGUCCGUCAUCUGGUUCAAAAUGGAGCUCAGGUGGAGGCCAAAGCUAAGGACGACCAAACUCCGCUGCAUAUUGCGUCGCGCCUGGGAAAGGCUGACAUUGUGCAGCAGUUGCUGCAGCAUGGGGCUUCUCCAGAUGCAGCCACCACCUCUGGCUACACACCACUGCACAUCUCAGCCCGGGAAGGUCACGAAGAUGUGGCCUCAGUUCUACUGGAACAGGGGGCUUCACUUUCAGUGAACACCAAGAAGGGAUUCACCCCACUCCACGUGGCUGCAAAGUAUGGAAAAAUGGAGGUGGCUAACCUUUUGCUUCAGAAAUCUGCGUCUCCUAAUGCUUCUGGAAAGAGCGGCCUGACUCCACUGCAUGUGGCAGCACACUACGAUAACCAGAAAGUGGCCCUUCUUCUGUUGGACCAAGGAGCCUCCCCUCAUGCAGCAGCAAAGAACGGCUACACUCCCCUGCACAUAGCUGCCAAGAAGAAUCAGAUGGACAUAGCAACGACCCUACUGGAGUAUGGUGCUGACACCAACACGGUGACCAAACAAGGCAUUACACCAGUGCAUCUUGCCGCACAGGAGGGGCAUGUCGACAUGGUGUCCCUGCUGCUGACUCGGAACGCAGAUGUAAACCUGGGCAACAAGAGUGGUUUAACACCUCUUCAUUUGGCUGCUCAAGAGGAUCGAGUGAAUGUAGCAGAAGUGCUGGUUAAUCAGGGAGCUGCUAUUGACCCACAGACCAAGAUGGGUUACAUUCCACUACAUGUAGCAUGUCACUAUGGAAAUGUGAAGAUGGUCAACUUUCUGCUGCAGCACAACUCUAAAGUGAAUGCCAAGACAAAGAAUGGAUACACGCCUCUCCACCAGGCAGCUCAGCAAGGACACACGCACAUCAUAAACAUCCUCCUCCAGCAUGGUGCCUCCCCGGAUGAAGUCACUGUGAACGGGAAUACUGCGUUGGCCAUUGCUAAGCGGCUCGGUUAUAUCUCGGUGGUUGAUACGUUAAAGGUGGUUACUGAGGAAACCUUGACAACCACAAUGUCCGUGACAGAAAAGCAUAAACUAAACGUUCCUGAAACUAUGAAUGAGGUUCUGGAUGUUUCGGAUGAUGAAGUUCAUAAAGCCAGCGUUCCUGAAAUUGUCAGUGAAGUUGAGUAUUUGUCAGAUGCUGAUGAAGGUGAAGAUGCUAUGACUGGCGAUACAGAUAAAUAUCUCGGGCCGCAGGAUUUGAAAGAAUUAGGAGAUGAUUCACUGCCUGUAGAAGGAAACAUGAGUUAUAUGGGUUUCAGCCUUGGAGCUCGAUCUGCAAGCCUUCGCUCCUUCAGUUCGGAUAGGUCGUAUUCGCUGAACAGAAGUCCGUACGCAAGGGAUAGCAUUAUGAUUGAAGAGCUGACGAAGGAGUCGCACCUCGCAGUUUCUAGGGAAUAUGACAGUGACUCGUUGAAAAGGUUCAGCUGGACAGCAGAUACACUUGACAAUGUUAACCUGGUUUCCAGCCCCAUUCAUUCUGGUUUCCUCGUCAGCUUCAUGGUGGAUGCUCGCGGCGGCUCCAUGCGAGGCAGCCGCCACAAUGGAAUGCGCAUCGUCAUCCCGCCCCGCAAGUGCACUGCACCCACGCGCAUCACUUGCCGCUUAGUGAAGAGGCACAAACUCGCCAGCCCACCACCUAUGGUAGAAGGGGAAGGGUUGGCCAGCAGGCUGGUUGAAGUUGGACCAUCGGGUGCUCAGUUCUUGGGCCCAGUGAUUGUGGAGAUACCACAUUUUGGGUCAAUGCGUGACAAAGAAAGGGAGCUUAUCAUACUGCGAAGUGAAAAUGGGGAAGUCUGGAAGGAACACCAAUAUGACUGUAAAGAACAGGAUCUCAAUGAGAUAUUAAAUGGCAUGGAUGAAGAACUCGAUAGCCUUGAUGAACUAGAGAAGAAACGCAUCUGCCGAAUUGUCACCAAGGAUUUUCCGCAGUAUUUUGCUGUCGUCUCUCGGAUCAAACAAGAAAGUAAUCAGAUGGGACCUGAAGGAGGAAUGUUGAGCAGCACAACCAUUCCACUUGUGCAAGCAUCCUUCCCAGAGGGAGCCUUAACCAAGAGGAUCAGAGUGGGCCUCCAGGCCCAGCCAGUCCCAGACGACCUUGUCAAAAAGAUCCUUGGGAACCGAGCCACGUUUAGCCCUAUUGUAACUGUGGAACCCAGGAGGAGGAAAUUCCACAAACCUAUUACUAUGAUGAUUCCAGUGCCACCUGCAUCAGGAGGAGAUGUUUCAAAUGGAUAUAGGGGGGAUACGCCAAGCCUCAGGCUGUUGUGUAGUAUAACAGGAGGCACAUCACCUGCUCAGUGGGAAGAGAUAACAGGGACAACACCAUUAACCUUUGUGAAUGAAGCAGUUUCUUUCACGACAAAUGUUUCAGCCAGAUUUUGGCUUGUCGACUGCCAUCAGGUGCCAGAAACUGUUAGUUUAGCCACACAGCUCUACAGGGAAUUAAUCUGUGUCCCGUACAUGGCCAAAUUUGUUGUAUUUGCCAAGAUGCAUGACCCUGUGGAAGCCCGCCUGCGUUGCUUCUGCAUGACUGACGAUAAAGUUGACAAGACAUUGGAGCAGCAGGAAAACUUCACUGAAGUGGCCCGAAGCAAGGACAUCGAGGUGCUUGAAGGUAAACCCAUCUUUGUGGAUUGCUAUGGAAACCUAGCUCCUCUAGCCAAAGCAGGCCAGCAGCUGGUGUUCAACUUUUAUGCUUUCAAAGAAAAUAGAUUGCCAUUCGGUGUGAAGGUCAGAGACAACAGCCAGGAGCCCUGCGGUCGUCUGUCUUUCCUCAAGGAACCGAAAACUUCUAAAGGAUUACCACUGGCAGCAAUCUGUAAUCUGAACAUUACCCUGCCGGCUCACAAAAAAAUCGAGAGAGCUUCAGACCGUCGUCAAUCUUUUGCAUCCAUGGCAUUACGUAAGCGCUACAGCUAUCUUGCUGAACCUGGAAUGAGUCCUCAGAGCCCAUGCGAAAGGACAGAUAUAAGGACAGCCAUAGUAGCAGAUCACCUCGGAUUGAGCUGGACCGAGCUGGCGAGAGAAUUGAACUUCUCCGUUGAUGAUAUAAAUCAGAUUCGGGUUGAAAAUCCAAACUCUCUGACUACUCAGAGCUUUAUAUUGUUAAAGAAAUGGGUCCUUCGAGAUGGAAAAGAUGCUACAACUGAUGCCUUAAGCAAAGUCCUCAAAAAGAUUAACCGAAUGGACAUUGUGACUUUACUAGAAGGCCCAAUAUUUGACUAUGGUAAUGUUUCUGGCACAAGAAGUUUUGCUGACGAUAGCUGUGUUUUCUUGGACCAGUCAGACGGUUACCCUUCCAUCCAAACGGAGCUGCUGACACCUGCUGGAUUGUGCUAUAUGCCACCCACCCCUCUCCGAUGUGACGAUUAUUUUAGUAAUUUUUCUAGUGUAGAAUCAUUCCCCACAAGUCCCUAUGAACCAGCCUUAGCUCCAAAAGCAGCUCUGCCUGUCGUAAAUGCCGAGGAAAUGUCACUGGAAGUCACUGGCACUGAAGGGGUCGCUUCAGGGCAGGGGCAGGUGAAUGAGCCAGUGGGCACCGUGUUUGAGUCUGAUCUUCAGGUCACAGAGAACAGCAGCGACCGUGUUGCUCAGCCUUCCAGUAAAAUACCGCCGGGGGAGCACAAUCAGUCACUGAAGGAGGAAAAUAUGGCCGGACAAAAGGCCGCUUCCACCCAAGUUCAGCAAGAGGAAAGAGGUGAUGCGCCUGACACUGAGGAGCUUGGAGAGUUCAAAAUAGAAGCCCUCGAGGUUGUUCAGCCGGGGCCAGGGUCCGACGGUUCAGAUGAUGUGGAGGUGACAAAGGAAGAAGUUCAGAAUCUUCACCAUGCUCAGAAUUCCCAGAGAGAAUUUUUUACAGUUCCAGGUUGGCACAGCGACGCAUCCAGUGUUGAUGUAGAACCACCAACCCCAAGAAGCUGCAACUUAAGCAUUGAUAAUCUGGAUGAUGAUAACGGCAAUCUCCAAGAACAGCGAAUCAAGAAUGAUCUUGCUGGGUCCAUUGUGGUUCAUAUGAAAGGACAGGUUUUAAAGCCUGAGGAGAAUGGGGAACAUGAUGUACAUAUGUUGGAACGUCAAAGAGAGUCGAGCCAUGCAACAGUGGGGCCUUUGAUUCAGGAGGCAGUCGAUGAUGUGCCUGUAACAACACAUGACAGAAAAACACUGAAUGGAAAGGUCCAGAAGCGUUCGGCGCUAAUUACAGAACAGGCAGAGCCCAUGACAGAAUUGCAGAAAGACCUGGCGGACACGAGGAGGCCGGGUUCCGAGGAGCACGGAGGUCCUCUGUUAACCAGCGAGAAGAAAACAAGUUGGGUUACAUCAGAGGUCAUUAAAUCGGGAUCGAGCUUCAGGGACGAUGGCUCUCUACAAGCAGAACACAAAGCUCAGGAACUUGAGGAAGGCGAGAAUAGCUCGGAUGAGGAAGAGAUUAUUACUACCAGGGUGACUCGCCGCAGGGUGAUUCUGAAGGGAGAGGACGCAAAGAAAGUUCCCGGAGAGACGGUCACGCAAGAGCAGUUCACCGACGACGAUGGAAAUGUUAUCACCAGAAAAGUGACCCGGACAGUGGUGAGUCGGCUUGUUUUGCCUCCAGGCAAGGAGCGAGAGGAUGAUGAACUUCACAGGGUAGGACGAGGCGCUGAGGAGGGCACUGGCUACCUUGGAAGUGGUGCCAUGGGACAGGAGCAGGUUGAAGGGUAUAAAGUUAUCAGAGUGAAAAAGGAGACGACUAGACAGGUUGAUAAGAAGACUCACUAAUGGUCUGCCAAGAGCCAAGAUAAAGAAACGCAUUUUUCUACUGCCAGUGUCCAGAAGGAAAUGGCUGGAGCAGAGGGAGGAGCCGACUGCAGAUGAAGUGUGUGCCUGCUGCUUUCACACAUUAAAGCAUGGUUUAGAUACAAGAGGAUCUUUUAAUUUAGCAUGAGCAACUUUAAAACCGCAUGGGAAAUCACUUUCAUUCGUUGACCUGAAGAGAGUGCAAUUGGUGCGCGCCAGGCGCCACAGAGCGCCGACGGUACAGGCGACUUUUCAAAUCCAGCUGAGGAGUUUUUUAUUUAGCACCUUUGAUACCUUUCCUGUGACUGGGGAUGUUCACAGCAGAUCAUAACAUGUUGAGGUUCCAGCAAGGAGUGUUCGAAUCACUGAUUACACACAGCAUCUAGCCUUAUAAUUUUCUUGAACCCAUGGUUUCAGGGUAUUAAAAAUCUACUUGCUUAUUUAAAAAAAAAGAAAAAAAAACACAACAAAAAAAAAUCAUAAAUGGUUUUGCUGUACAUAAAGAACUCUGUAAAAAAAAAUUAAAAUUCUGAUCAGGUGGCGUUUUUGGAAGCAACACAAACGCACUAACAGCACUUCAACUGUUUUAGUGUCCGAUUCACGCUUUAAAAGUUGAUUCCACCUACUUAAAAGUGUUUUGAGUGUGACUCCACGAUUUCUUGUACAAUUAAUAGAAAAGGUAUAAUCUUUGUAUAUGCAAAAACGCUGGCUUCAUUUUAACUGAGAUAGCUUUCUUUCAGACUACACUGCACAGUUUAAAAUGAUUUUCAAAAACAUUGGGAAGAAAAUGUGUAAUUCUAGUGAGAAAAAAUAUUCUAAAAACAAAGUAUCUUCAAAGCACCAAUAUUCCGAUGCAUGUGUCCCUCAUUUUAAUUAAACUUUUUUUUCCCCCCUGCCCCUGAGUUUGCAGACAGUGUUGAAAUUUAACACGGGACUUAUCGCACGUUUCUCUUCUUUUUAUUUUUUUCUUGCUUUUCUUUAAUAAACUAAAACAACCUUAAAAGAUGCCAUACAUUAUGCAAAGGGAAGUGUUUCAAGUUCUUGCUUUUAGAGGGGUUUAUGCUUGCAAUUCAAUAGUUGAACUAAUUCUCUUGCAGGCACAGUAUUGAAAAACCGAGUUGAGACAAUGGGGAUGUACAUGCUUGUAGACUGGCAACACGGUGUAAAAUUAUUACUGUAUCAUGUGUAUUGGCGAUAAGAUGUAGAAGUCUUUCCAUAAGCCGAUCAUCUGUAAUCUUUUCUAGCAGUGUAAUAAUAGGUUGUUAAGGCCUGCUGUGGUUAAAAGGGCAUUCUACAUUUGAGUUUGGUGAAUUAUUCUCCUUUGUUGAUUAUAUUCAUAUGAAAACAUUAAGCAGUCACUGAAGAUAGCUCUUAUAACAAUGUAUGAAAACAACAAAACUCCACUGAAUGAUCCAGUUGAUUAUUCAAGCAAAAAUAAAUUGUGUUAAAUCA